CCCGGUAACUGUGGCGACACUAGACUAAUGCCCCGCCCCCUGCCUCUGUCGACCAAUAGUGGCAGCUCUUGUUUCCGAAGCCACGCCUCCCCCAACCCCUCUACACCUCCACACGGCCGCUGGGUCGGUUCUUGGGUUUGCUGGUUGGCAGCGUCUCCCAUGGAGGUGCUGCGGGAUAGCUCCCAGCUGCCCCCUCACGCCUCGGGCACCCCGGUGCUGUCGGUCGUGGACAUGCACACGGGCGGGGAGCCCCUGCGGAUCGUGCUGGCGGGGUGGCCCGAGGUGGGCGGCCCCACCGUGCUGGCUAAACGCCGCUACGUGCGGGAGCACCAGGACCCGCUGCGGCGGCGCUUGAUGCUGGAGCCGCGCGGGCACCGGGACAUGUACGGGGCGCUGCUGGUGCGCAGCGAGCUGCCCGACGCGCACGCCGGCGUCCUGUUCCUGCACAACGAGGGCUACAGCUCCAUGUGCGGCCACGGCGUGCUGGCCCUGGGGCGCUUCGCGCUCGACUACGGGCUGGUGCCGCCGCCCCCGCCCGGUGUCCGCGAGGCUCAAGUCCGCCUGCACUGCCCCUGCGGCCUGGUCACCGCCUUCGUGGAGUGCGAGCGUGGCCGCAGCCGAGGGCCCGUUCGCUUCCACAGUGUCCCGGCCUUUGCCCUGGCCACAGAUCUCGUGGUGCAUGUUCCUGGAAAAGGGGACAUUGUAGUUGACAUUGGAUAUGGUGGUGCAUUUUAUGCAUUUGUUAAUGCUGAAAGGUUUGGAUUAGAUGUCUGUUCUUCGAAGACGAGGGAUCUUGUAGAUGCAGCAACUGCAGUUACAGAAGCAGUUAAAGCACAGGUUAAAAUUCAUCAUCCGGAGAGUGAAGAGCUUGCAUUUCUCUAUGGAACUAUAUUAACAGAUGGAAAGGAUGCUUUUAGUGCAGAACCAACAACCAACGUCUGUGUGUUUGCAGAUGCACAGGUUGACCGGAGCCCCACUGGUUCUGGAGUGACGGCUCGCAUUGCGUUACAGUAUCACAAGGGACUUAUUCAACUGAACCAGACCAGAACCUUUAAAAGUAGUGCAACGGGCUCAUUGUUCACUGGGAAGCCAGUGAAGGCUUACCACUGGUGCUGCAGCCACAGGUGCUCCAGACUGGACCCCACCCUGGUGUCACAGACCUCUCCUGCCGACCUCCUCAUUGUCUUAGGCUGGAAAAAUGCCUCACUCUGA